CGUGUUGGCCAAUCAGAGGUUUGUAUUUUGAGCCGUCCACAAUUUUAGCCAGUCAUAUCGCUGCUUCUUGGAAUCUGCGAUUACAGCCGCAGUGCCAAGGCUGGGGUUUCUGGAUGUCCUGACAUCAACAACCGAGCGCCGAAGUCUCACACUUACCGACGAUGCCCCAGACGAAUAAGUCCAGCAGCGAUGCCAGCGCCGCGGGUCAGCCGCCCGGUCCUGACUGGGGUGAUCCGCACCUACUCGCCGGGGCCCGCGCUGGAGGCGAUGAGGACAACCUCGGAGACCCCCAGAUAAUCAAAUCGCCUAGUGACCCGAAGCAAUACAGGUACAUUGAACUAGCCAAUGGGCUGAGAGUGCUGCUCAUCUCAGACUUCAGCUGCGUAGACGGGAAGGCCGCCUGCGAUGAAGACGACUCGGAGGAGGACGGGAGUGAGGAAGAGGCGGGGGAGGAGGAGGCGGAGGAAGAAGAGGACUCUGGGGAAGGUACGGAGGAAGAUGAGGAGGAGUGUGAGGAAGAGCAGGACAGCGAUUUUGAGGAGCUGGACGAGGACGGUGAAGGACAGAAGAAGAAAGGGAAAUCAGAGAAACAGUCAGCUGCUGCUCUGUGUGUUGGCGUGGGGAGCUUCAGUGAUCCUGAUGACCUGCCAGGUCUGGCCCAUUUUCUGGAGCACAUGGUGUUUAUGGGUAGUGAGAAGUACCCGGCGGAGAACGGCUUCGACGCUUUCCUGAAGAAACAUGGCGGCAGUGACAAUGCGUCCACAGACUGCGAGAGAACCAUCUUCCAGUUCGACGUGCAAAGAAAACGCUUCCGUGAGGCACUGGACAGGUGGGCUCAGUUCUUCAUCUGUCCACUGAUGAUCAAAGACGCCAUCGACCGGGAGGUGGAGGCUGUCGACAGCGAGUACCAGCUGGCCAAGCCCUCAGACUCCCACCGUAAGGAGAUGCUGUUUGGCAGCCUGGCCAGGCCUGGCCACCCCAUGGGCAAGUUCUGCUGGGGGAACGCCCAGACGCUGAAGCAUGAGCCCCGGGAGAAGGAUAUCGACACCUACGAGCGUCUGCAGGAAUUCUGGGAACGCCAUUACUCCGCCCACUACAUGACCCUUGCCGUGCAGUCCAGAGAGAGACUGGACACUCUGGAGGAAUGGGUGAGAGAAAUCUUCAGCAAGAUUCCCAACAAUGGCCUGCCCAAGCCUGGUUUCUCAGACCAGCUUGACCCGUUUGACACUCCUGCUUUCAACAAGCUGUACCUCGUGGUACCUGUGCGCAAGGUGCAUGCCCUCACCAUCAGCUGGGCUCUGCCCCCCCAGGAGAAGCACUACAGGGUGAAGCCGCUGCAUUAUAUCUCUUGGCUGAUUGGUCACGAGGGCACCGGCAGCAUUCUGUCCCUGCUGAGGAAGAAGUGCUGGGCUCUGGCUCUUUUUGGAGGGAACAGCGAGACGGGCUUUGACCAGAACAGCACCUACUCCAUCUUCAGCAUCUCCAUCACCCUUACAGAUGAGGGCUUCCACAACUUCUACCAGGUGGCUGACCUGGUGUUCCAGUACCUGAAGUUGCUGCAGACGCUGGGCCCCCUGCAGAGAAUAUAUGAAGAGAUCCAGAUGAUCGAAGUCAACGAGUUUCGCUACCAGGAGCAGACGGACCCCAUCGAGUAUGUGGAGGAUAUCUGUGAGAACCUGCAGCUGUUUCCUAAAGAGGACUUCCUGACCGGAGACCAGCUCAUGUUUGAGUAUAACCCAGAGGUGAUCUCUGCGGCCUUGGCCCUACUGUCUCCAGACAGGGCGAACCUGAUGCUGCUCUCCCCAGAGCAGGAGGGGGGGUGUGAGAUGCGGGAGCGCUGGUUUGGAACACAGUACAGUGUGAAGGACAUACAGCAGGACUGGAGAGAGCGCUGGGCGGGAGAUUUCCCUCUCCACCCUGACCUGCACCUCCCGGCUGAGAACAAGUUCAUCGCCACGGAUUUCGCGCUGAAAGCGUCAGAUUGCCCGGACACCGAGUUCCCCGUCAGGAUUCUCAACACAGACCGAGGCUGUCUGUGGUUCAGGAAGGACAAUAAGUUCAAGAUCCCGAAAGCGUACAUCCGAUUCCACCUCAUUUCCCCCGUCAUUCAGAAAUCUCCUGAGAACCUGGUUCUGUUUGACCUGUUUGUGAACAUCCUGGCGCACACCCUGGCGGAGCCCGCGUACGAGGCUGACGUGGCCCAGCUGGAGUACAAGCUGCUGGCUGGAGAGCAUGGCCUGGUCAUCAAGGUCAAGGGCUUCAACCACAAACUGCCUUUGCUGUUUAACCUGAUAGUGGACUACCUGGCCGACUUCUCCGCCGCUCCGGACGUCUUCGCCAUGUUUGCAGAGCAGCUGAAGAAGACCUACUUCAACAUCCUGAUCAGGCCGGAGAAGCUGGGCAAGGACGUGCGGCUGCUGAUCCUGGAGCAGGCUCGCUGGUCCAUGGUGCAGAAGUACCAGGCCUUAACCAAGGGGCUGACCGUGGCGGAUCUGAUGCAGUUCAGCCGCGACCUCAAGGCCACGCUGUACGCUGAGGGCCUGGUCCAGGGCAACUUCACCAGCACUGAGUCCAUGCAGUUUCUGCAGUAUCUCACAGAUAAGCUGCAGUUCCGGCCUCUGUCAGCAGAGGUCCCUGUUCUUUUCCGGGUGGCGGAGCUGCCUGAAAAAGUCCACCUCUGUAAGGUGAAGUCCCUGAACAAAGGCGACGCCAACUCUGAGGUCCAGGUGUACUACCAGUCAGGACCCAAGUCGCUGAGGGAGCACACACUGAUGGAGCUGCUGGUGAUGCACAUGGAGGAGCCCUGCUUUGACUUCCUGAGGACCAAAGAGACUCUGGGGUACCACGCUUACCCCACCUGCAGAAACACUUCAGGCAUUCUGGGCUUCUCUGUUACCGUGGAAACGCAGGCCACAAAGUUCAACUCUGAGCUGGUGGAGCAGAAGAUCGAGGAGUUCCUGGAGGGCUUCGGGCGGAAGAUGAGCGCGCUGACGGAGGAGGCCUUUAAGACGCAGGUGACGGCUCUGAUCAAGCUGAAGGAGUGUGAGGACACGCACCUGGGCGAGGAGGUGGACAGGAACUGGUUUGAGGUGCUGUCCCAGCAGUAUGUCUUCGACCGGCUCAGCAGAGAGGUGGAUGCACUGAAGCUGAUGACUAAAGCAGAGCUGCUGUCCUGGUUCCUGGAGCAUCGCGGUCCCCACUCUCGCAAGCUCAGCGUCCACGUGGUGGGCUUUGGGGAGGAGGAGGGGGACGCUGCCUCGGCAGGUGGAGAUGAGGAGGGGGCGGGGCCACAGUGCUCGGCCUACGGGGAGGUGUCCCAGCUCACCUUUCUGCCGGCCACGCCCAGACUAGCGGGCGCCUCCGUCAUCACCGACAUCCGGGCGUUUACCUCCACCCUGAACCUGUACCCCUACCACAAAGUCCUCAAAUAACCCCCCCCCCGAACCUGUACCCCUACCACAGAGUCCUCAAAUAACCCCCCCCCCCCCGAACC